UUCCGGUGUGUAGGAACUGCAUCAACACUGUCAACAGAGGAAAUACAUUGUCAUGGAGUUUAUUGUUGAUUUUCUAAGAGUUAAAGUUUUUAUUUUAGCGUUAUUGAAAUGAGACACUGUAACUGGACGUAUGCACAGAUGGUACAGUGUAUCUCGGAACUUUCUCUUCCUCGGAUAAGGCAUGCAUAACGGAAGACUAGCUGUCACCGUUGGCUAAUGCACCUCUCUUAUUCAGAGGGGUUGGGUUAAAUGCGGAAGACACAUUUCAGGCCGGCACACAUGUCCCAUGGAGAGGAGAAAAUAACCCCGAAGAGGAGAAGGAAAAAGAAGACGUCUCUGUUGCCCGGCUCCUAAAGUGAUCAAGCACUCUGAGAGAGCGAGAGAGUGAGAGAGUGAGAGAGAGAGAGCGAGAGAGCGAGAGAGCGAGAGAGCGAGAGAGUGAGAGAGCGAGAGAGUGAGAGAGCGAGAGAGUGAGAGAGUGAGAGAGAGAGAGCGAGAGAGCGAGAGAGCGAGAGAGCGAGAGAGUGAGAGAGCGAGAGAGAGAGAGUGAGAGAGCGAGAGAGCGAGAGAGUGAGAGAGAGAGAGUGAGAGAGAGAGAGUGAGAGAGAGAGAGUGAGAGAGAGAGAGUGAGAGAGAGAGAGCGAGAGAGAGAGAGAGAGCGAGAGAGAGAGAGAGAGAGCGAGAGAGAGAGAGCGAGAGAGAGAGAGAGAGAGCGACAGACAGACAGACAGACAAGAUCGAAGGGGGAAACAGAAACAAAGCAGUGAAACAAACAAUGGCUUUCUUGGACAACCCAGCCAUUAUCUUGGCUCACAUCCGGCAGUCCCAUGUGACCAGCGAUGACACGGGCAUGUGUGAGAUGGUGCUAAUCGACCACGACGUGGACCUGGAGAAGUGGCAGCUGGCCUCGGUGCCCGGCAGCAGCGGGGGUUCACUGGGUUCGGGCUCCCUAGGCGAAGGGGGCAGCGGAGGGGAGAACCCGGGCUGCGACCUCUCCCAGUCAUUGGACAUCACCUCCAGCUGGGACUUUGGCAUCCGUCGGCGCUCCAACACAGCUCAAAGACUUGAACGGUUAAGGAAAGAGCGACAGAACCAGAUCAAAUGCAAAAACAUUCAAUGGAAGGAGAGGUCGUCCUCACAAUCAGCGGAGGACCUGGGUUCCCUGUUUGAGAAGAGGGACUUUAAAGAUAGACCCAGGAGCACUGGUACCAAGUCGACCCUCUCUCUCCGGCUCGAGCAAUGCCCCCAGCAGCUCAACAACCCUUUCAACGAAUACUCCAAAUUCGACGGCAAGGGCCACGUAGGUACAACCGCAACCAAAAAAAUUGACGUCUACCUCUCGAUGCAGUCUGCACAGGAGAAACUGCAUCCCAUGAUGGUGGUGACCAUCGCCAACGCUCGGGUCCACGACCUCAUUGGCCUCAUCUGCUGGCAGUACACCAGCGAGGGCCGCGAACCCAAACUCAAUGAGAACGUGAAUGCAUACUGCCUCCACAUAGCAGAGGAUGACGGGGAGGUGGACACAGACUUCCCCCCUUUGGACUCCAAUGAGCCCAUCCACAAGUUUGGUUUCAGCACUCUGGCCCUGGUCGAGAAGUACUCGUCCCCCGGCCUGGCCGCCAAGCAGUCCCUCUUUGUACGAAUAAAUGCUGUCCAUGGUUUUUCUCUCAUCCCAGUGGACAGCCUGAAGGUGACCAUGAAGGAGAUCCUGCAGAAGGCACUGAAGAAGAGGAAAGGCUCUCAGAAAGGCUCUGGUCCCAUGUACCGUCUGGAGAGGCAGACGGAGCCCAACGUGCCCGUGGAUCUGGACUGCAGCCUCGAGAGCCAGAGCACCCUAGAGUUCUGCCUGGUCAGGGAAAACAGCUCCAGAGGAGAGGACAGUUCAGAGGAGGAUCCUCCCAUGGACAUCACCACGGUGCAGGACAUGCUGAGUAGCCACCGCUACAAGUCCUUCAAGAUCAGCAUGAUCCACAAGCUCCGCUUCACCACUGACGUACAGCUCGGCAUCUCGGGGGAGAAGGUGGAGAUCGACCCCGUCACCAACCAGAAGACCAGCACCAAGUUCUGGAUCCGACAGAAACCUAUCUCCAUCGAUUCAGACCACCUCUGUGCCUGUGACCUUGUGGAGGAGAGGAGCCCCAGUCAUGCAAUAUUCAAGCUCACAUACCUCAGUAACCACGACUACAAGCCCUUGUACUUUGAGUGUGAUGCUGCUACUGUCAAUGAGAUCGUGCUUAAGGUGAACUACAUCCUGGAGUCUCGGGCCAGCACGUCGCGGGCGGACUACUUUGCCCAGAAGCAGCGUAAACUGAGUCGGCGCACCAGUUUCAGCUUCCAGAAGGAGAAGAAGUAGAGGGGAGACCCUGGAGCCACUGUCUAGACCCUGGAGCCACUGUCUAGACCCUGGGACCACUUUCUAGACCCUGGAGCCACUGUCUAGACCCUGGAGCCACUGUCUAGACCCUGGAGCCACUGUCUAGACCCUGGGACCACUUUCUAGACCCUGGAGCCACUGUCUAGACCCUGGGACCACUUUCUAGACCCUGGAGCCACUGUCUAGACCCUGGAGCCACUGUCUAGACCCUGGAGCCACUGUUUAGACCCUGGAGCCACUGUCUAGACCCUGGAGCCACUGUCUAGACCCUGGAGCCACUGUCUAGACCCUGGAGCCACUGUCUAGACCCUGGAGCCACUGUCUAGACCCUGGAGCCACUGUUUAGACCCUGGAGCCACUGUCUAGACCCUGGAGCCACUGUCUAGACCCUGGAGCCACUGUCUAGACCCUGGAGCCACUGUCUAGACCCUGGAGCCACUGUCUAGACCCUGGAGCCACUGUCUAGACCCUGGAGCCACUGUCUGGACCCUGGAGCCACUGUCUGGACCCUGGAACCACUGUCUGGAUCCUGGAACCACUGUCUGGAUCCUGGAACCACUGUCUAGACCCUGGAAUCACUGUCUGGACCCUGGAGCCACUGUCUAGACCCUGGAGCCACUGUCUAGACCCUGGAGCCACUGUCUGGACCCUGGGACCACUGUCUAGACCCUGGAGCCACUGUCUAGACCCUGGAGCCACUGUCUAGACCCUGGAGCCACUGUCUAGACCCUGGAGCCACUGUCUAGACCCUGGAGCCACUGUCUAGACCCUGGAGCCACUGUCUAGACCCUGGAGCCACUGACUUCACUCUCACAGCAGAGGGCCAAGGGAGAGAGUGAAGAGUGUCACAGUCAGAGAUAUAAUAAGAGUGAGAGAUGAUGAGAAAUAAAAAGAGAGGGAGAUCGAGGCCGCAGGAAGAUGUUUUUUCGUUCUCUGCUCAUACAGUAAAGGCCUAGUUCACUAAUUUUGAAAAAUAUAUAUUUUAUUUAGAUUCAUCAGGGGGUGCUGUAGCACCCUCGACACCCUUACUUCUCGCAGCUAUGAGGGAGAUGCGUCUUGAUCCUAGAUAAUUAAAGAGCUGCCUCCUAAACUCCAAUGUCUUCACAAAAGGGUCUCCACUCGCUAGCCAUAUCAGAUCUAAAGUUCCCUGCCUGACCUUUGUCCUUUUAGGAAUGCUUAGACAUGAACAAGGGUUUGUAGUCCUAUUCUGAAGGAGAUGAAGGAAUGCAACUCUCCCCCCCCUGUUAUUGUCAAUCCCAUGAACUCAGGAUGGAUCAGAGGACCACGGUGUUGCUUUAACACCAGUGUCAAUCAACGAAACCUUGUUCCAUCCACUGCCGCCUACAAAUCAAUUCUACAUUUGAGAGUUGAAUGCAUAUACCGAUGGCUCGAGUGAAAAGCGAAGCCAUCAGGACAAUGAAAAUACUAAAUCCCUCGCUUCUGCUCUUCUCUACGUAUGAAGAUGUAAACUUAAUCAGUCUUAUGUUGUACAUUGGUAUGUAAAGGGAACAUCCUUACAUUUUUAUUUGUAUAUAGAUAAUGAUUACAUUCAGGGGUUUAAUUAAAUUAUAUGAUGAAACCUGCUUUGGCCAUAGUACAUUCAGUGCCUGAAACCUUUAAAAUAGUGGCUCACUACCAAUCAAUGCCAGUUCUGCUGAGGUGCUGUGAGGGUUUUUAAAAAACACAAGCAAGACGAGUACAUAAGGAAGGCAUUUUCCAUACUUUCGAGUCUGACAGAAAACUCUCAAAACGACUUAUUGUGAAUAAAGGUAGCAAGGGGAUAAGGAAGGGGUACGACCUGACAGAUUUUUAUGAUUUCAAACAAAACAAACAAAAUAAAUGUAAUUAUUACCUGUACUUUUUACUGUGAUCUAUACAAUUAUUUUUUUCUUCAUUGUAUCUAUGGACUGUAAAAUAAUGAAUGAAGCACUGUCUGUUGAACAGAUCAUGUUUGUUCAGACUGUCCCGAUGGGAGGCACAUAAGGAAUGUAUUACUUUUUACAGCAUUUUGUUGAUGUUGUUAAUACAAUGACAUUAUAUAAAUUCUGCUCAUA